AUGCCCAAAGACAAUACGCCUAGCGAUGCCGAUGUCAUCUUCAACCGAGCGAAUGUCGCGCUAGCCCGUAGCCAGCAUCUGGUCCAAUCGUGGCUUCCUCCCAAGCCCGCCCAAGACGUGGUCCAGUCGAAGACAGCACAGGAACUAUUGAAGGAGGACGAGGAAUUGUUCAAACCCACACCAGAGCUCCUUGGACUCGGCGCGUCCGCCCCGGAUGCCGACUCGGACCCGCUGUUGAAGAAGAGACCCGGUGCAAACAAUGACAGGUUGCUGGAGCAGCUGCUGGGAAAGAAAGCCGCCAGAGGCCAUAGAGCUAGCUCGAAGCCCCAACCUGCCCCAAAGACACCCGUCACGCAAAAGACAGGUGCAGAUCAGCUUGGAGCCGAUGAAGAUGAUGACGAGGAAGGAAGGGCGAAUAUGGUUGCAUCAAACUCCCUAUUGAAGAGGAAAGGCUCCGCUCAAUCCUCCACUCGCAAGACCGCUGCGACGUCUAAGAAUCCUGACAAGGUGCGGGAGCCACCGUCAGAUGAGGACGACGGUCCACCGCCAAACAAGAAGAGACCUGGAUCCUAUCUGGACCAACUCCUUGCCGAAAAGGCUAGCAAGAAGAACAGAAAACAGCAGAAGAGCUAGUUGGUGAAUAGCUGCUAGUACUACCUUGAACGUUGUGUGAUUGACUUG